UUAUAGUAGUAUAAAAUAUAAAGAUUAAAAUUUGGGAUAAUAAUAAUCUUGUAUAUUUCUAUAGAAAAUAUUUCUAAUAAUAUUUAGAAAAUAUUAUAGAUAUUUUCUAUACACAAAAUGAUAUUAAUGGAACCAAACUAAUAUAUUCUCUCUCUUGAAAUGAUUUCAGGGUGUCCUUAACACAUAGACACUGGCAUCAAAAGGUGGUGCAAUUUCUUCAUGGGGUACACCACACUUCAUCACUUUCAGAUUAGUGCACGUACAGCAGGUCACUCGAGUUAUCAAAGGUCUGAUCAUCACACACACACAAGGUCUAGGCUAAUCACAAAGGCCAUCCUCAUGGUUAAGCAGGUAACAUCAAUGUAUAGGAAUAGCAACAUGGUCCACCAAAGGGUAAGCAUAGGAAUCACAACAGAAGAACUCCAAUGUUGCAAGAGAAAACUGGUAGGGUCAUCAGCAUCAACGCGUAUACAGGAGCAAGUAAGAUCAUCACAGGCCAUACGACAACAAUUAAAAUCUUCAUUAAGUGGACUGGUACAAGAGAGCUUGCCAAGAUUCCAGACAUAUCUCCCACAGCCAUAUUUCAAUGGUAUAGGCAGAGGUUCAUCAGCAGCAGCAUCAGCAAAUCAGUUCACAAAGAGGGUUGAGGACCAGGCAGGGUCCUAAAACCAUCAAUCCAAGCUAUCUGGGUACAAAUCCAAGAGAUGGCAGGCCGUCAAAGAUUUCCAUAAAGAGUAGUUUCUAACAAAGGUCAGAAUGAUCAAAGUUCCAAGGUACAAACACAAUUCACAUCCAUCAAUCAAAUCCAGAUCAAAGUCAAAACUAGGAUAUAGUCCAAGCUAUCCUAACCCAAGUUGAAGGAAACUGGGUUAGUUUAGUUGGUCAAAAUCCAGGAAAACAGCAAGGAGAGAGGAGAAAGGAACAAAGAGAGAAGGGGGGGGGGAGAAGUAAACAGAAGAAGAGAAGGGGAAAGAGGGAAGACAAAGGGAAGGAGAGGUGGUGAGACCACCCAAACCAGGACCCAAUCCCACUUCUAACCACCCAAAAGGGGUAGGAAGAAGUAAGUUUGUUUCCACAGCCAAAACUCUACCCAAAAAACUACCCAGGAUCCAGGCCACUCUACUUUAGCCCAAUCAGAAGAAAGAGUUGGGUUAAUUUAGUGUGGCAUGGUUCCAAGAGAGGACAAAGUGAGGGAGAAAGGAAGGAAAAUGAGAAAAGAAGGGGGGAGAGAGGAAGAAGGAAGGGAAAGAGGGUAAACCCUCAACAAAUCCAGGACCCUAAAGUCUCUCUAUACAUCAAGAAAGGAUGCACAGAGUU